AGCUUGAUGCCUCGGAUCAUGGUGCAGUAAAAGCUUCAAGAACACCCAAAGCUCGGUUUUUUCUUAUGUUUACAUGCCAUUUCUACAUCUAAUAUGAAUCCAAGAGGAUCUGAUUGCGGCAGUUAUUUGAUGUAAGCUAUACAAAGCUCUGUCUAAGCAUGUGUGGGAGCAGACAGCAGAGUCAUGUGGACUCUGUCUUGUUACUUGUAAAGGCUUGCGAAGACUUGGGAGAGGAGCGAGAAUAUUUGAUAGAGAGAGGGACAGAGAAUUGAAGAAGAGACAAAAACUUGGGGUAAGUCAAAAGACAGGGGUUGACUAAUGCAGCAAGCAUAUGGUUCUUCUGCAGAUCCAUGUGGGUUGUGUAAAAGUUGCAGACUUUUUUAAUGGGAUUCGUCCAGAAACGGCAUUUGAGGCUUUGGUUCUAAUAAUCUGAGCUUUUGUGCUUUUCUGUGUUCAACUUCUUCUCUGAAGCUUCCUGGGUGGGCUUGUUGUGCGGUUUUGUAAUAUUGGAAGUGUAAUAAAUUCGAAUCUCUGGUCGCAUAGAUCGAAAAAUUUCCUUUAAAUGGAAAGUUCCAUGAACAAGAGAGGCUAUGGAUGCGGUCAAGAGGAUACAGACAACUUACCAGAAUCAAAGAGACAGAAAUUGCCAGCUUUGGCAAGUGUCAUUGUGGAAGCUGUCAAGGUAGAUAGUCUUCAGAGGCUAUGCUCAUCUUUGGAGCCAUUGUUUCGAAGAAUUGUCAGCGAAGAAGUGGAACGGGCCUUAUCAAGGUUGGGGAGUGCGAAAUUAACCUCGAGGUCUCCAGAACCGAAGAAGAUUCAAGGCCCAGAUGGAAGAAAUCUGCGGCUUUUAUUCAGGACCCGGAUGCCUCCUCACUUGUUCACGGGUGGGAAAGUCGAGGGAGAACAAGGCUCGGCCAUUCACGUUGUUCUGAUAGAUGCAAACACGGGAAACGUGGUACAAACAGGGGAAGAAUCAUCGGCUAGGCUGAAUGUUGUCGUGCUGGAGGGAGACUUCAAUGAUGAGAACGAUGAAGAUUGGACGAGAGAGCACUUUGAGAGAUUCGAAGUGAAAGAACGCGAAGGGAAACACCCGAUCUUGACAGGUGACACGCUACUGAUGCUUAAGGAAGGUGUCGGAACUCUCGGAGAACUUACCUUCACCGAUAACUCGAGCUGGAUUAGGAGCAGAAAGUUCAGACUCGGUGUUAAAGUUGCACCUGGGUAUUGUGAUGGUGUUCAUAUCCGUGAAGCUAAAACAGAGCCUUUUGCUGUGAAAGAUCAUAGAGGAGAAUUGUAUAAGAAACAUUACCCGCCAGCUUUACAUGACGAAGUCUGGAGAUUGGAUAGAAUAGCGAAAGACGGAGCUCUGCACAAAAAGCUGUUGAAAGCAAAUAUUGCAACAGUGGAAGAUUUCCUCCGACUCCUCGUGAAAGAUCCACAGAGAUUAAGAACUAUACUUGGGAGCGGAAUGUCGAAUAGAAUGUGGGAGAAUACAGUUGAGCACGCAAAGACGUGUGUAUUGGGAGGCAAGCUUUACGUAUAUUAUACAGACAAUACACACAGCACGGGCAUCGUUUUCAAUCAUAUCUACGAAUUCCGAGGCUUAAUCUCCAACGGGCAGUUCCUAUCUCUGGAAUCUCUCAACCAUGAUCAAAAGAUAUCUGCAGACAUUUUGGUCAAGACGGCCUAUGAGAACUGGCAGAAAGUGGUAGAAUAUGACGGUAACGUCCUGAACUACUUACCGACGACUAAGAAGGAAACGAAAAGCUUACCAGAGCCAACAAUUGCUGCUGCCCGAGCUACUCAGAAUCCGCAGCUUCAUAACCAUAACAGACAAACUCUGCAAUCUCAUCAGACCGAGAAUAACUACACAUCAGUCUUUCAGACAGUAGAGUAUCCCUUUGUGCCACUAACCAGCAAUCAAUUACCCGAAUUACCCUGCAACGUGCAGGACUAUACGCCAAUGGCGAAUUCUGCAAGUUCAGGUUCAUAUAAUGCAGGAGAUUGGUGCAGGGCGAGAUCCGGGCAAGGUUUUGAAGAAAAUUUCGCUGAGGAAAUCAGGCUGAGGAGCUCAGAGAUGCUCGAGAGUGACGAUAUGCAGAGGCUGCUCAGGACAUUUGGCAUCGGUAUGAACACAAUUGGAACAUCACCAGGUGGGUUUGGACAUACAGAUGAGUCUUGUUAUGGGUAUUCAGUCCCAUGUGAAGGCCACCGGGUUGAUAACACAUAUGGAAGAGAACGAGGUAGAGGCUCGGGAAAGGCGGUGGUUGGAUGGCUGAAGCUGAAAGCUGCGUUGAGAUGGGGAAUCUUCAUACGCAAGAAAGCUGCGGAGAGAAGGCCUCAGCUUGUGGAGAUUGACUGAGGAAACUAAACAAAGGAACUGAGAGGUCGUUAAUGGCGGAUCAAGCAAUGAAAGACUACAUCUACAUCCAUAUAUAUAUAUACACACAAGUACAAUAUGCAGAGGUCGUAUUCUGAAGUCGUAGAGGGGAGGCAUUUGCAUUGUGACGUCUGUUAAGUUUGGUUUUGAGUUCAUGUCUGAUGAUGAUGACCACCAUUCUCUGGUGGGAUGACCACAUUUUGGAAAGAUUUUAUUCAUUUGUUGUUUAAUUUUGACAUAUAUAAUCUAAUAAA